AUGGCGCUUACACCAGUUCAACACAUAAAGAAGGAAGGAUCGUCAGUUUUGGACGGUGAGAGAAUCGUCAUCUCUGGCAUGUCUGGUCUUUUUCCGGGGGCACGUCAUAUCAAGGACCUUGAAGAAAUCCUCUACGAUAAGAAAAACCCUGUGUCGCCUGAGGUAUGCCGAUGGAACUUCAAACAUCCUGACGUACCAAAUACUACCGGUAUCGUACCAGGGCUGUCGUACUUCGACGCACAGUUUUUCAAAGUUCACUAUCGGCUCGGACAAAGUAUGGACCCAAUGAGCAGGAAGAUUUUGGAAAUGACCUAUCAGGCGAUUUACGAUGCUGGCAUAAAUCCGCAACAGAUAUCAGGCAAGAAAGUGGGUGUGUACAUAGGAUCUUGUAUCUCUGAAAGCGAGAAGGCUGUUUUUUAUAAUGCUGGUACUAAGACAGGUUUUGGAAUUGCAGGAUGCAAUAAAUCUAUGUUUGCGAAUCGCAUAUCGUACUGGCUGAAUGCAAAAGGGCCCUCCAUGUCUAUUGACCUAGCGUGCUGUAGCUCCCUCGUUGCGUUGGAACAAGCGUUUCAGGCUUUAGCGCGUGGAGAAUGCGAAGCUGCCAUUGUUGGAGGAUCUAAUAUUUUACUUCAUCCACAAUCAUCAUUCCAUUAUUCAAGAAUCAUAAAGCUAAGCUCUGAUGGUAAGACUAAAUCGUUUGAUGAAAACGCUGACGGGUGUGUUAGAUCUGAGGCCAUCAAUGUGCUUUACCUUCAAAAGGCAAAAGAUGCGAAACGAAUUUACGCUGAAGUUAUACACGUUAAAAACGAGUUCAGCCAUGUUUUAGACGGCGAAACUGCUCCGCAGUUUGGUUUUAAUCGGGAUCCGAGACUUUUAGCUGAUUUUAUAAAAACCAUGUACGAUGAAGCAAAAGUGCCACCUCAUUUUGUGGAGUAUAUUGAAGCCUUUGGCUCGGCUACACCAGAGUCAGAUCGUUCAGAGUUAGAAGCCCUUGAGCAAGCAUUGUGCAAGAACCGUCAAAAUCCACUACUCGUUGGCAGCAUCAUGUCCAACAUUGGCUAUGGAGAGGCUGCGUCUGGAAUAUCUGGUAUUGUAAAGGUGUUACUAGGUUACCAGAGAGGCGAGAUUGCAGCAAAUUUGCAUUGUGAGAACCCAAGACGUGACAUUAUGGCUCUACGAAACGGCAAGAUGGAAAUCGUUACUGAACAUAAGCCAUUCAAGCGGUCGUACGCUGCUGUCAACGGCAGAUCUGUUACUGGUGUCAAUGCCCAUGUCUUAUUGAAAGGUUAUAGUAAGUCCAAGGAUUUAGCACAUUAUAAAUCAUCGAUACCCCAACUUGUAACGAUCUCAGCAAGACAAGACACAUCUGUGCAGAAAAUUCUUAAUGACCUCAAGUCUCGGUCUAUAGACGAAGAAGAACUUGCUUUGUUACGUAAUAUACACCAGCUGUCCAUUUCGGGACAUUUGGGGAGAGGAUAUUCUAUACUUAGUAAGAAUGAGAAUGGAGAAACAAUCACUUUAGCAGAAACAGCCAACUAUUCUGAUGAAGGCAAACGUCCACUUUGGUUCGUGUACAGCGGUAUGGGCUCGCAGUGGGCGGGUAUGGGAGUUACGCUUAUGCGCAUUCCUAUCUUCGCGGCUGCUAUUGAACGAUGCAACAAAGUCCUGGAACCGAAGGGUGUAGAUAUAAUUCGUAUUAUUACGUCAGAGGACAAAACAAUCUUCGAUAACAUCCUCAAUUCAUUUCUUGGAAUUGCAGCCAUUCAGAUUGGCCUUACUGAUAUUCUUACUGCGUUAGGAUUGGUGCCUGAUAAUAUCAUUGGUCACAGUGUUGGUGAAUUGGGCUGCGCUUAUGCGGACGGCUGUUUCACAGCGGAAGAGAUGAUACUUUCAGCGUACAGCCGAGGUCUAGUGUCUAUUCAAACUCCUUUUAUUCGUGGUUCUAUGGCUGCUGUUGGACUCGGAUAUGAACAAGUUAAAGAAUUAUUGCCACCAGAGAUUGAAGUGGCCUGCCACAAUGGGCCAGAAUCUAGCACCAUUUCAGGACCAGCCGAAAUAAUGAAAACGUUUGUAGCUGAAUUGACGGCUAAAGGUGUCUUCGCGAAAGAGGUUCCGUGUUCAAAUAUUGCUUAUCAUUCCCGAUACAUAGCUGAAGCAGGUCCCGGCUUACUAAAAUAUUUAAAUGAAGUAAUCAAAAAUCCGAAGCCACGGUCGGAAAAAUGGUUGUCAACGUCCGUACCAGAAGCGAAAUGGAAUGAGCCUCUCGCUAAAUACUCCUCAGCCGAAUAUCACACCAACAAUUUGCUGAAUCCAGUACUAUUUGAGGAAACCGCUCGGCGCGUGACUGGAAACGCAGUGCUGGUUGAGAUAGCUCCUCACGGCCUUCUGCAAGCUAUACUCAAGCGGUCGUUGCCGGAAUCUUGUAAACAUAUUCCUCUUACUAGACGAGAACAUCCUGACAAUGCUUUUAUGGUAUUGGAUGCUAUCGGCAAAUUGUACAUGGAAGGAUUUCACUCGAAAGUGGAGCUUUUGUAUCCAAAAGUAGACUUUCCCGUGUCCAUGGGCACACCAAUGUUAUCGCAUUAUGUGGAGUGGGCUCAUCACGAGAAAUGGACGGUGCCGCUUUAUUCCAUCUCGCGUACAAAAACUGCUGCAACUACCAAAACUGUUGUUUCAAUUCAUGACGACGAACACAGCUAUUUACGAGGUCAUGUUAUUAGAGAAAAGAAUCUGUACCCAUUUUCUGCUGUACUAAUGGCUGUGUGGGAUACUCUGGCUAUGACAUUAUGUGUUAAACCUCGUCGUCACACCGUGGAGUUUAGACACGUUUACUUGUAUGCGCAGCCACCCAUACACGAUCAGAGACGUCUCGAGCUUAGCGUUACAUUGCAAAGAGGAAGUGGCCGUUUUGAGGUUAUGGAUAACAAUAGGAAAGUAGCACGCGGACUCAUAUUCCAUGAACUCAAGGAGACUAAGACAGCAUUUAAUCUGUCUUUCGAAUCUAAAGAGAAGUUAGAAUUCAAAUGUGAAGAUGUUUAUAAGAUGCUGCAAGAGAGAGAUUAUCAGUACAAAGACGAAUUUCGCUCUAUUCACAAAGUUAAUCCAACUUUCACUGAAGCUCAAAUAACGUGGAAUAACAACUGGGUAACAUUUUUAGAUGGUAUUUUACAAUUACAUAUUCUUAGAGGCACAUAUGAUUCUGUUUGCCAGCCUUACCAAUUAAGACGACUCACCAUCGACAUCAAAGAGCAUUUUAAUAAUAAACUUUUGACUACUGAUAAUAAAAGCGUUAUGCUUGCAAAUAUAUUCGUAAAUGACCUUACAACUCGAUGUGGAGGAGUGGUAAUUGAAGACAUUCAAUUACGUAAGUUGCCUGUACACGAUGAAGGGACUGCGGCAUUAAGGAUAUUGAGAUUUAUACCUCGUUUCUUGUCUCAUACUGACAUUUGUACAGCAAUAGAAGUCUACCUACAAAUAGUGUCAGAAAACAUUAAUAAAGAUGCUAUAACAGCUGUGGGACUCUUUAAUUCUCAAACAUAUUCCAAUGUAUUUGAAGUUAUGAGAGACAUUUAUGAUGAUAUACCUGGAUUAAUUGUAAAUUAUGAAGAUGCUCCAGGGGAAAAGAUUUUAGAAAUGAGAGACUACUUUUUGACUAAUGUUGAUCUCGUUUUAGUGCAAAAUCUUGCAGCAGAUGAAAACUUACGUCAAAUGCUUUAUCACGUACUUCCUCGCGACAUGUUCAUUAUAACCAUCGAACAAUCUGCAGCCAAUGCUCCGCUUUUAACUUUAUACAACGUUUUGUCUACACACAAUGUUAAUAAUUCAAAAAUAGAUUUGGUAAAGUGGAGACCCGUGGAUACAACAUCGGCCACCACUGUGGUUACAGUGCGGUCUGAAUUAGAAUUGAGUGAUUUAGCGUCAACAUGGACGAAAUUGCCACAGAAACAUAAGCUAGUAGUAAUGUCACCGUAUCCUACAGUACCAGGACUGAAAGACUUUGUGAAAGACAAGAGGAAAGAUUCAGACCGUAAUCAAAUAUAUCUGAUAAUGACGUCAGAAAAGGAAACUCUAGACCACUUACCUAGAUUGGAAUUGACAUACAGCGUAUUAAAACAUAGUAUGUGGGGAGGAGAAUAUUACGUAAAAUGGCGAGAAAAUGUGUCGACUGUGAGAGGAAUUACUCUUCGUAGUGGAGCAAUUGGCAACCUCGAUACUUUGCGCUGGUUCGAACAAGCAGAAUCUACAGAAUCUGGCAUACCAGUGACGGUACAUUAUACAGCUAUAAACAAUCUCGACGUUAAAAAGGCCACAGGCAUAUCACCAUUAGAUAGCCAAAAUAAAUCAUCUGAUGCUAGUUCUUAUGGCAUGGACUUCAGCGGAGUUACUGAUUGUGGCGAAAGAGUCAUGGGUAUAUUACCAAGCGGCGCAGCAAGUUCUCGCGUUAAAGCUCGUCCAGAAAUGUUGUGGCCAGUGCCAGUGCAUUGGAGUUUGGAAGAUGCUGUUACAGUGCCUUCGGCAUAUUUGCACGCAUUUUAUUGCUACAUUAAAAAACUUGAGCUUUUGCCUCGGUAUACAAUACUUGUCCACGGCGGAACAGGUGCGCUGGGACAAGCUGCCAUAGCUAUCGCUCUGAAUAAUGGCUGCGAAGUGUUUACAACAGUCAGCGACACACGAAAGAAGAGUUUCUUGAUGAAGUUGUUCCCAGAACUGCAAGAGGAUCACAUUGGUAAUUCUCGAGAUCAUAGUUUCGGUGAUAUGGUGAGAACCAUCACAAAGGGAAAAGGUUGCCAAAUUGUCAUUUGUUGUCUUCAAGGAGAACUAAAAAAUGUUUCAUUACAAGUUUCUAGUUCGUAUGGUUUUACACUGGACACAGCGCAAAUUUCCACUCAAGAAGAGUAUAAUUUUGGAAUGAAAAAUUUAAUGUGUGAUCGAAGUUAUGCAACAGUUGAUCUCUGUUCUUUGUUUACUACUGAUACAUUGAAAGAUUUAAAAGUAAGUUUUUAG